UGCCAAGAAGCUCAAGCACGGCAAAGCACUUUGGUGCGCCAAGUUUGGCCAUGCUUGCGAAAACUGUUUGAGCCAUGGCGGAAGAAAUUCUGGAUGCAGCCACGAGCAGACUUCUGAUGAAGAAGACAUGGUGUCAUGGUCAGGUAGUUGCCGCUUUCCAAGGUGUAUUGUACUUUGCCUGGGGAUAUGAGAGCACGGACUUAUCAAAUACCUGGAGAGCGCUCCUCACGUCUAGCAUUCUCCUCCUUCCAAUCUGGAGUAUUGUAAGCUGGAGGUCGAUGCAGGGUCGCAGGGCGUAUUAUGCAUGGAUUAUUUUGGCAUUUGGAACCAUCCUCCUUGUGUUUUAUGCAGCGGUCAUUUGGGUUGCGCUGGAAGAUGAUCAUCCGUACCAGCUGGGCUUGGUGAUUCUCACUGCUCUUCAGUGCAUGGAAACAUCAGCAUAUUUGGUGGUUGUUGCAUGUUUAAAGGAAAGCCUCGAAGAAGACGACUCCGAUGUACAGUACAGCCUUUUUUGAGGACUUUCCAUCUUGGCUCACCUCAGCUGCGUGUGAGAAAUGUGGAGCCCCAGCGCUGUAUCACUGUCGAGGAUGAGUGAUGACUGGUACAGCUCAGUUUGUAUCCAGCAGACACUGAAUGAUUUGUAGGGAAAUUCUGGAUUUUCUGUGUUUUCUGUGACUUGGUGGGAAUGGCGUGAAGGAGCAGAAAAA